CAAGAAUCUACAAAUCUGCUUCACUUUCGUUCAAACAUGAAGGACAUCGACGAUACGACGUCUCCAAUGGCCCACCAGAUCAACCCAUCUCAACCUCCUUCCGACAAAACCCAACAAGAUCCAGGUUUGUCUGAAGAGGCUUCUUCUGUUCCCGACAAGGUAGAUCAAGCUUCGCCCGAAGAGAAACCGAAACAGAAUCAAGAAAACGAGAGAGCUGUCACUGGGAGAGAGAUGUUAAAGAAGCACCGGAGAGAGAUGGCCGGAAGAGUUUGGAUACCAGAGAUAUGGGGACAAGAAGACCUUCUUAAGGGUUGGAUCGACAGUUCGACGUUUGAUAGGUGUCUAGACCCUAACGGGAUCUCGUCGGCACGUGCGGCUCUCGUGGAAGAAGCUAGGCGAGCUGCUUCAUCUUCUGGUGGGAUACAUAACCGUUGCUUGAGAUUACGCUGAAUUUUUAGUAUAAUAACAUAUAUAAAUGUAGUUCUGGUUCCUCAAUAAAAUAAUAUAAGACAC